AUGGAGCAAAAUGAAAGAAGAAAGCAAAAAAAAGCCCAUCCAAAGGACAGUUGGGAACUACCAAUUUUAUUAAAAUCGCACACAUUCACUGAAAACAGCUUGUACGAAGCUGCGAAAGAACACAAGGCUACAGCUCUCGGAGACAAGUUGGAAUUUUUUUGGAAGGAAGAAGAAAUCUGCGAAAAGCGCCCGUCACUAACAAGGGCUCUUUUAAAAAGCUUUGGUAAAGAAUAUUUACUACAAGGGCUUAUACUUUUACCAUUUGAUCUUGGAGUGAUGUUAGCUGUUCCUGAAGUUGAUGUCAUGUCACCAACACGUCUUAAUUUCAGUUCUUUUGGAAUCAAAGUUAGAGUUGCUUGUUCUUCGCUAAUUUACAGAAAGUGUCUCGAGAUGAAGAAACAGUCGUUUAAAAAAAAAUCUGUUGGACAGGUAGUAAAUCUGUUUAACGAUGUAAACAGAUUCAACGAUGUUUUGAUCGUUUGUCACUACCUAUGGAUUGCACCUUUAAAAAUUUUGGUUUUUCUUUAUUACAUUAAUGUCGUUUUGGGACCCACGGCACCUACAGGCAUCUCUAUAAUUAUUUGUUUCUUCUUAGUACAGUUGGUUGUUUCCAAACAAAUGUUUUUGAGAAAAAGGGAAGCUGCUUUGAAAACCGACGACAGAAUUCGUUUAAUAAAUGAUGUCAUCGGUGGAAUACAAACAGUGAAGAUGUACACGUGGGAAACAUCUUUCUCUAAACUUGUUAAAGCUGCUAGAAGAUCGGAAAUGAAGACAAUUAUUCGAGCUAAUUUGUUAUCUAUUAAUAAUCACACUAUCAGGAUGUAUGUUACGAAAAUUGCGCUUUUUUUGUGCGUAGCAAGCGCCAUUUUGACUAAGGUGGUUUUAACACCUGAGUACAUUUUCCCUCUGAUCAGUAUCUACGAAAACUUAAUUCUUAUAGGCUUACUACGCUUUCAGUUGGCUGCAACUUUCUUCACGGAAGCCAAAACUUCGGUUGUUCGCAUUCAAGAAUUUCUUCUUUCGGGACGCAAAAAAGCUCCCGUAAAACAGCCAUCAAAAAGCACUGACUCUUGCAAUCCAAUGUCAUACCAAAGUUUUGAACCAACUGUUUAUGGAAUUCAUCUUAACAACGUCAAGGUGGCUUUCGAUACCUCCACCGUGUUGGAAAAUGUCACCUUUUCAGCCCUUCCUGGAGAUCUAGUUGGAUUAUCAGGAAAAUCUGGAAGCGGGAAGUCAACACUUCUUCAAGUCAUUCUCCAGGAAAUUAAAGCAAAAGGUUCGAUUGCCGUCGGCGGAAAAAUUUCGUACGCGUCCCAAGAAGCUUGGAUUUUUUCCGCAAGCAUUAAACAAAACAUUCUUUUCGGGGAAGAAGAAGACGAGAAGAAAUAUCGCAGAGUGAUUCGAACGUGUGCUUUGGAACACGAUUUGUCUCUUUUCGCUAACGGUGACCAAACUCUCGUCGGUGAACGAGGGGUGAUGUUGAGUGGAGGCCAAAAAUCGAGGAUAAAUUUAGCCAGAGCUGUGUAUCGAGAUGCUGAUAUUUAUUUGUUAGACGAUCCUCUAGCUGCUGUUGAUGCCAGGGUGGCGCAACACAUCUUCAAUCAGUGUAUUUUGGGGUACUUGAAAGACAAGUGUGUAGUGUUGGCGACCCAUCACUUGAAGUACUUGAGGAACGUCAAAAAACGAUAUAUUAUAAAUAAAAGAAAAGUGGUCGAGGAAGAUUCGAGUGAAAAUGUUUUUAUGGAGUCUGAUGAAGUAGCAAUCCAAGAGGAAGUCAUUAAAUCUCACAAUUUACCUCCCGAAAUUCAUGAAAGUGCUACAACCAAUUAUAGCACACGACAAAUUUACAAAGAGUAUUGGUUUUGUGGAAGCCACUGGAUCCUACCAUGUUUGAUAUUCGCACUACUUUUAUUAACGCAUUCCUUAAAUAGCUUCAUCGAUAUGUUUAUUAUUUUUCCAAUCAUUUCAAACAAAACAAAAUCUUUCCAUUUCUUCAGAUUGACGUUAGAACACUUCUUAUAUGUUUACGCUUGUUUGAUUGUCCUUCUCUUCAUUCUUAAUCACACUCUGUCUGUGAUAUUUAUGAAACAUUGCAUGUCUAUUUCAAAAACGUUACACAAUACGUUGUUGGACAAAAUUUUGGCAGUUCCGAUGAAAUUCUUCAACGAACACCCUUCCGGUAGAAUUCUUAACCGGUUCUCGCAAGAUAUAAGUCGAGUUGAUGAAACUGUACCCUUCUGUUUAUACGAAAUGGUGAGAUCAGCGUUCGACGCACUUGGAACAGUGAUAAUUGUAGUAAUUUUAAAUUAUUGGUUAAUAUUACCAACGUUGGCAGCCAUUCCUUUGAUUUAUUUCUCCACUUGGCUCUUUCAACCGCUCAACAGAAAUCUGAGAAAGCUGGAAGGAAUCACUAAAAGUCCAAUUCUGACUUACGUCGUUACUUCGUUGCGCGGACUUCCAACAAUACGAGCUUUUAACAAACAAAAACCUUUAGUUGAAGAAUUCGAAUACCACCAAGACGCUCAUUCCUCUGCUUUCUACUUAUUUAAGUCUUUAUUUUUUACUUACACGUUUUGGAUCGAUUUAAUAUGCUGCAUAUAUUCCACAAUUAUCACUUUCAGUUUUUUAACUUUCAACACAGAGACAUCUGUAGCAAAUAUAGGUUUAGCUGUCAGUCAAGCAAACAUCUUGGUAGGUUUAGUCCAAUUCGUCAUGAAAAUGUGGAGCGAAUUGAGCGCUAACAUGACUUCUGUAGAACGAGUACUAGAAUACACAGAAUUACCUCAAGAACUAGACGACGGUACUUUCGUGCCACCACCAUCGUGGCCCCAAGUCGGACAAAUCGACUUUAAAUCAGUAUCAAUGCGGUACUCUCCAGACAAACCUCUAGUACUAAAAAACAUUGAGAUUAGAAUUCAGCCAAGGGAAAAAAUUGGAAUCGUUGGCAGAACUGGAGCCGGAAAAAGCUCUCUGGUGUCCACUCUGUUUCGUUUAACUCAUUUCGAAGGUCAGAUUCUCAUUGACAACGUAGACACCAAAAUCGUACCUCUGAAUGUUUUGCGAUCAAAAAUUACCAUCAUUCCACAAGAUCCAAUACUAUUCGUAGGUCCUUUAAGAAAAAAUUUAGAUCCGUUUGAUGAAUUUAGUGAUUCGCAAGUUUGGAGUGCCUUGGAGGCUUUCAACUUGAAAGCGUUUGUGGCAAACUUGCCACUGGGUCUUGAGACUCUGGUGGACGAAGGUGGUACCAACUUUAGCGUAGGACAGAAACAGUUGUUGUGUUUGUCGAGAGCGAUGUUGAAGAAGACUAAGAUUUUUGUCUUGGAUGAAGCUACCUCUAACGUUGAUUUGCAAACGGAUGAAGCAAUCCAGGCCACAAUUGGAGAAAAGUUUAAGGAUUGCACAAUUUUGGUGAUAGCACAUCGCUUAGAAACUGUUAUGGAUUCCGAUAAAGUUUUAAUUAUGGAUGAAGGUAGGGUUGUGGAGUUUGGGAAACCUGAGGAAUUAUUGAUAAAUCAACGAGGAAUUUUUUCUCAGGCUUUACAUUCAGACGAAAUUAAGGUGCUAAAAACCACUAUAUCAACCACUCAAAAUAAAGCGCCAUUGUUAGAAACUGAAAAAGUUAUUCAGGAAAUUUCUGAACGUGAAAAAAGAAAGUAUAACAUUAUGAUAUAUGGCUGCAAAGAAGAUACGGUCAAUUCUAAUAAGGAUCAGCAUAUCUUAGAUGCUGACAAAGUUUCUCAAAUUCUUAGUGCUUUAGAUAUAGCUGAAACUGAAUACUCAUUGUUUAGACUUGGGAAAUUUGAUUCUACCAAUAUAUCCCUUGCGUACAGUAACUGCAUGAGUAAGAUUGAACAGUCGAUACUAUCAGACCCGAGAGAAGUGUACAAGUACGUUCAGAUGAAGAAAGGAAUAACGCGAAUACCUGGAAUAAUGUACCAUGAGAAUCAAGCAUAUGAGUCACCGCAAGAAAUUAUUAAUGCAUUUGCCUCCUCCUUUUCUAGUAUAUUUACUUCUGGGUCAAAUGUGGAUUAUAAAGAUGUGCAUACCAAUCGCAUUUGUUUCGACCUCCAAUCCGUAACUGAGGAUGAAUUGAUUCAAAUCAUGGCUCGUUUUCCACUCAAGCAUACAGCUGGAGAUGACCAAAUCCCAAGCUUUCUCAUACAUGAUGCUCGAUUUGCUUUAGCAAAACCGCUAUUAAAUAUCGUCAAUCUAGCUAUAUCUUCGUCAACAUUUCCAACUUUUUGGAAACGCGCAAAAAUUCUUUCAGUCCACAAAAAGGAAGACAAUACACUUCUCAAAAACUAUCGACCCAUAGCCAUCCAAUCAAAUUUUGCUAAGAUCUUUGAGAAAAUUAUUUAUAGAGCUAUUUUCAACGGGACGCAUCGGUAUAUCUCUCCAAAUCAACAUGGUUUCAUGCCACGUAGAUCCACCUCGACCAAUCUGAUAACUAUUACACAGUUUAUUUCUGAAGAACUGGAUAGAGGAGGUCAAAUAGACGUUAUAUAUACCGACUUCAGUUCUGCUUUUGACACGGUUGAUCACAAGAUAUUAUUGAAUAAACUCAGUGCGUUUGGUCUUGCGACAUCUUUCGUUAGACUGAUUGAUUCAUAUCUUUCGCACAGGAUAAACUACGUCUUCUAUAAUGGUUUUAAAUCCAAUGAAUAUGUAUCAACUUCUGGGGUCCUUCAAGGUUCAAACUUAGGCCCCCUGUUAUUCGUAUUAUAUAUUGAUGACCUUUUUUUGAAGCUUAAAUUGCAACACGCUUGCCUUUGCUGA